GCCGAAGUUUUGGUGCAAUUAGUUGUGAGUCUUGUAAAAUUUCUGUGUGUCGUUUAAAUGGCAAUUGUAUUAUUGAUAUGAAGUCACGGAAACGCUGUACGAGUUGUCGGAUGAAAAAGUGUAUUCAAAUGGGAAUGAAAAGACAAUUAUUACAAAGUAAGGGAACGGAAGACUACAAAAGUCCAGAAACAUGUGAUUUAAAUAGCGAUACGACCAGUAGUUUAACAAACGAUACUUUCGAUGAUAUUAUUGACAACAAUGAGAAAGAGACAAAUGAAAUGCAAAUAAUUAUGGCAUCAAAUAGUAAUGAAAAUAACAACUUUUUACACGAUAUUAAUGUUAACGAUAUGUUUGUAAAGUUGUCAUUCAGUCCAGUGUUCAGCCAUUUAGACUCAUAUAAAACAUUUAGUGAUUUGGAAACAAACAGAUUAUCGGAAUUGUUUAUAUCGUCAAAAGUAUUCAAUUAUAAAUCAGACAAUAAAGAGAUCAAUACCAAUGAAGUGACCGAUUUGUAUCAAAUAAACUACACCUGCAAUGGACUGAUGGAGAGGGAUGUCGAGGAUAUUGUCUAUUUAACUAAAAACCUAAAAUCAUUCAAUAAUCUGUGUUUUAACGAUCAGUUGGCGGUUAUUAAGUACGGCUGUCUUGAGAUACUUAUGCUCCGGUACUCAACACUCUAUGACAUUAACUCUGAUUUCUAUUCGUGGGGAAGGAGAUAUAAGAAUCAAAAAGAGAGUGGAUUCCGGUUAAGUGUACUUAAAAACGAGAAAAAUGAUCUAUAUCUAUUUUACAAAGACUUCAUGGUUAAAAUCAAUACUGAAUGUGACCAGGAUGGCAUUAUAUUGGAUGCGGUAAGCUGAACAGCAAUUAUAUAUUUAUUUACUCCAAAGAUAUCUGUAUUUGAAAUAUGGAUCAAAAGUGGAAACAGAGAUAAAGACAUCAAAACUAAUGAAUGUAUUAAUAGAUUUGCAAUUUCUUUGCAAUAUUAUUAAGAAAACUAGUUAUGAAUCAUAUUUGGAUGCUUUUGGACCAAUACUUAAGGAAAUUCUUUACGACAUUACAACUAAUUAACUUCAUUUUAUG